UCUACCCAAUCACUACUGCAAACUUUAACGCAAAGUACAAAAAUUGUACAAUUUGCACAUCUGAAGCUUGUAAAGUAUUUAAAUCAGUGUUGCCACACAAGGAAAAAUUCACCAUUUGCGGGAAUCAUUUGAAAUUUCUAUUUCAUUUUCUAACUGCCCAUUCAGACCGAGUCCAAAUAAACUUCGGUUUUAAAGUAAUGCAAUGAUUGUGUCGUUUUAUUUAUAUCAUUGCGUUGCUGUCAGUCAUGUUUUUGGCAUUUGAGGCAAAAGUGUUGUAUGUGUUUAGGCUUUUUUGUAUCUAUUUACACACCAUAUGUGUAGCAGAACAAAAGCAAAGCAAAACAAAAAAGUAGAAACAGAAAUAAAAAAGCAAAAAGUAAAGUGAAAAUAAUGUGCCGAAAUUUCAUUAGUCUGCCAUGCUCUUGCACAAAAACCAGUGCGAAACGAAACUUUGUUGUGCGGUGUUUGUCAGUCGGUCGGUCGGUUGUCAUUUGCCGUUAAAUAAAAAAUCAAUGUAAAACUUAUGAUUGCUGUGUUUUUAAAAAAGUAAAGAACUUAAUAAUAAUAAAGAAAUACUUAAUAUUAAAAAUCUAUGCUCGCUUAUAUGUUUCUUUCUUUACUUGAAUAUUCGCAAAAAAAAUUGUUUGUUGUUUUAAUUUGUGUACGAAAAACAUGUUUCAGCAGUGACAAAUUUAUUAAAUUAAUGGAUAUAGACGCUACUCAACACGACUCGUACAAAUAAUAAAACAAAUUACGCAUAUUAUAAAUAAAUAAAAUUGAAAAUAAAAAAAGAAAGUAAAAGAAAAAAAUUAUGGUGAAAUUUUUUUAAAAAACAAAUAAAUUAAAUUAAAGAAAGAAACAGCUACAACAAAGUGCAAUUUUACACACACACACACUGAAAGAAAAAUAAGUUUAAAGUUAUUAAAAAGUAAAUUUAUUUAAAUUAUAUAGUAAAGAGAGCGAAUAAAUAUAAUUGUCAUAAAAGUAUUAAGGAAAAAAAGAAAAACAACAACAAAAAUACUCAAGUAUUUCUGAAAGAAAACUAAUUUAUGUGCCAUAACAACAAAAAUGUAAAAGAAAUUAAUUUAUAUAUAAAAAAGAAAAUUCCUAAUUAAUAAAACAAAAACAUAUUUAUUAUUCAUAUAGAACAUUAAUUACUUGCAUCCUAACAAUUAGAAAAUAAUUCAAAAAAAGCUUUAAAAAUAACUUAUAACAACAAAAACACAAAGACCUUAAAAAGAAAAUUGAAGCAGAACGAAGUUAAAAAAAAAAAUGCAAAAUAAAUAAACAAAACACCUUCCUUAACUUCCACUGUGUUUUGUUCUAACCAACGUGUUGAAAAACAAUAACAAAUAAUAAAAAACAACAAGGAUAAAUACGAAAAAAAACAACUACAAACAAGUGAGAAAAAAACCAACAGCAACAACAAGAAACAAGUGAAAAACAUACAAAUUUGACAAAGUGUAAACAUUGUAUUCAUAACAGUAUUAUUAACACGUAACCUACGUCACAUCGUCAUCAUCAACAACAACAAUAUCAUCAACAACAACAACAACAUAUACACCAACAUCUUUACUGUUUGUAAACGAACACACAACAGAGAAGAGAAAAAAACGAGAGUAUUUUUACCAUCAGCCAUCAUCAUCAUCAGCAUUAUUAUCAUCAUUGAGCAACAACAACAACGGCUACCAUAAAAACAAAACAAGAACAAAAAGAACAAUAACUACAACAGCAAUAAACACCAGGAAUAACUUUACAACCUCAAAUAGCAACACAUUACAACGUUACAGCCGAAGGAAGACCCCCCACUCUAAUUCUUGUGAACAACAUUUAUACUCAAUCCCCUACUUGACUUGAAGUUUUUAUAUUUUUUUUUGUUGUCUUCUUCUUCUUCUUUCGUCUUUUUUUAUACAUUCAACGCAUUUUUUGCUUGCUGGCUGUGUGUACAACACAUUUGUAUGCAACACAUUAAGUUGCCCCCUCAUUGUUGUGUAUUUGAUUUCAUUGCUGUUGUUUGUGUUACUCCAUAAUUCUCUUUUGAUUCCCUCCUCUACUUCAUCCAGUACUAACUAACUACUCUGCUGCUGGUUCUUCUCGUUUACAAGUUGUAAGAAUAACAGCAACAACAACAACUGCUUGUGUGAAUGUUUUUGAAAAAAGACAUCAACACUCUGAGUGUGCUUGUGUGUUCACGAGGAAACUGACUCAACUGGCUGACAGCUUGGCUGCUACAAAAACAAAAAAAGGCAAAAUAACAACAAAACCAACAACAAGUCAGGAAUCAUCAUCAUAUAGACAAACCGAAACACACACACAGCAGACAGACAGACUCAACCAAACAAAUCCAAACAUUGGAUAGGAAGACAAAUAAAAAAAAAAAACGAAGAGAAAAAAAUUACAACAACAAGGAUAACAAUUGCAAAACAAAUAAGAACACAAGCAAAAAAAGAGCCAAAACAGAAGCAAAAAAUCAAAACAAACUACACGCGGUUUGAUUGUUUUUUUUUUUUAUUUGUGGGCCACAAUCAAACAAUAACAAACCACCACCUGUAACCAUUAUUACAAGGACAACAACCUUAGCCAACACAUAAUUGAUCAACAUGUCCUGCAUAUCCUCAAAUUUUAGUUCCUUCUUCCUUAACUCUCUUAAUGAUCCUUCGGAAUUUUCGAAAUAUUUAAGCAAUGGAGAACUGAGAUUCUCCUCAACCUUCGAAGAUUUCCAGGUCUAUGGACAAACUAGUGUACCACAACAGCAGCAACAACACUAUCAACAACAGCAACAUCAUCUCAAUGGUGGAGCGGGAGUGCUGUGUAAUGCCAAUGGUGAAAUUAUCAGCAGUAAUGGCGAUGAAGGCAAUUCAAAUAUUGAAAAUACUCAACCCGUAAUAACAUCCGUACAACAUUAUGGCAGCUAUCAAGGACAUCAUCAACAACAACAACCGCCACAUAUGCAACAGCAACAUCUUCAACAGCAGCAGCAAACUAGAUGGGCUUUGCCCGGCAACCAACAAAAUCCUGCAGCGGCGGCCUCUGCUGCAACAACAGGUUCUCAACAUUUUGAUGGUUCUUUUGAGUUUAUGAAAUAUUUACGCCACUCAAAUGACUACAGUGACAAUUCACAUGAUGCCAGCGGCCAACAGAAUCAAUCACAAUCUUCCCAUGCCAUAGCGGUGGGUACAAAACCAGAUGCUUCCUUAAAUAAUGGUCUUAUGGAUUUAGAUAACGCACACAAACGUGCAGCAGCACGUAAAACUCCGCUCAUGUCUUCCGUCAACAGCAACCAUCAUAAUUCAGCGGCCAGCAAUAGUUCCCAUCCCACACCCAUGGAUAUUUACGAUCACGAUUCAAAGCACAAUAUCUACGAUUUACAUCAUAUGAAUUCGAUGCAUAGCUCCAAUUCAAAUGAAUCUUCCAUGGAACUGUCGUCCAUGAACUAUCCCAAUUCUCACCUAAACGCCUCCAACUCGAAUACAUCAUCAGAGGGUGGCAACACCCAGAAUCACAGUGAUUUCUCCAUGUUAAGUGGUGUGGCCAAUUCACAGAAUUCUUCAACAGCUAAUGCUGCAUCAACAGCUGCUGCAGCAGCGGCGGCGGCGGCUGCCUCACCAGCUGCACCCAAGCCAUUGGCUACAUUUACCAUCAAGGAUAACUUUGAAGCUCAUCCAUCGCACAAGGUGGAGGAAGGCAUUUUCCAGCAUAUGAACAAACUGCCGCCCAAAAAGAAAGAGAAUCUCAAACAAUUGGGUGUACGUUUUACCGGUCAAAUGACACUCAAUGAUAAAUCGAUAAUUGUGGAAAACUUUAUUAAAUUCUGUCAUGAAUAUGAAAUUAAAGACCAUCGACCGUUUCUAUCACUCAAUCAAAGUGGCCUAAAUAAACCUGAUCAAAUUAAAUUUGCACGUUAUCUUGGACAAGGUUUACCAACAUUUACUCUAUUUUGCAUUUAUAGUAAUUUUAAAAAUUUAUUUUGCACUAAACGUACCGAAAUAUACACAAAGGAUGGCUAUAAUUUGCCUUAUAUCUUAGAUAAAAUAAAGCGCUUCCUAGCAAAUACAACAGCGGGUAAUAAUAACAAUAAUGCCUCAAACUCAUCCUCCACAACAACUAAGGAUAGUUCCAGUAAUAUAAAUUCCACAAAUCCAAAUACCACCACCUCAACCAACACCCCCAACAACACAACAGCAGCUAAUGUGAAUGCUAAUAAUACAAAUAAUUCAAAUAAUAACGUAAAUAGUAAUAAUGCUGCAAACGCAGUGCCAGUGGCCAUGCAGAAUGGCAACAGCAAUGGCAGCAACAGUAGUGGCAGUGUUGGUGGCGCCGGCAAUGAUAAUGGCAACACUAAAGGCAGUAGCUGUAGCAGCAGCAACAUUAUUAGUAAUGAUAUUAUAAUAAAUACACCAACUAAACAAAUUCAUAAUGUGCCAUCACCAGCUACACCAAGAACACCACAAAUACAACAACAGCAACAACACCAUCAGCAGCAGCAAACGCCACAAAUACCAAUACAAACACAAAAUACCCCUUUACCAGCACAUCCACCAACAACACAUCCCUCCCAUCACCCACUAAUGGCAGCAAAUCAUCCAGCUACACCCCAAACACAUUUACAACAACAACAGCAGCAGCAGCAACAUCUUCACAAUCAUCAACAGCUACUGCAGCAUCCACAUCAUCAGCAGCAACAACAACAUCAUCUUGUACAAAUGCCCAUGAGUCCUAUGGUUGUUGUUACCACUGCCGCACCUACCAGCAUGAUGGUGGCUUCACCUUUGCCCCCCACGACAGCAACAGUAACACAAUCUUCUACAACUAAUCACAACAAUCAACAUCCCCAUCAUAUGCAGCCAAAUAAUCAUUUACCCCUACAUCAACAUCCGCAUACGCACCAUCAUCAUCAUGUUGUCCACACAGUUACCACCGCCCAGCCUUCCCCAAUACAGCAACAACAACAACAUCAUACUACUACUGCUGCUAUUGUCUACCAACAGCAACAACAACAUCAUCACCACCAGCAGCAGCAGCAACAUCCUCAUCAUCAACAACAGCAACAACUACAAAAUCAUCAUCCGCUACACAAUUUAGCUGCUCAAAAUCCUCCCCUCUAAAAUAUUUGUAUUCAAAAUAAUUUUCAUUUUGUCUCAUUUUUAUUAUUAUUUUUAUUUUUUUAAUUGUAUUUUUGAGCGCCUUGUUCUAAAUUUCUCUGUUUCUGCUGCUCGUAUUAGAGCUUAUUUUCUUUUUUCAUUUAAUUUUCUGUAUUUUAUUUAGAUUUUAACAAAUUUGUUUGCAUUUUACUCAAAAUUUUAUUUUGUACAUUCAUUGUAUGUGCGUGUGUGUGUGAGUGUAUGCGUUGUUUUUAAUUUAAUAAUUCACUAUAUUUUCAAUUUCAAUUCGGCUGCUAUUGCAACAAGAAUUGUUUAUUUAAAAGGAAUUAUAUAUUUGUUGUAUAUUUUGUAUUUCGUAAAACAAAUGAUGACAGAAAUUACCCUCUUUCUGCCAUCAUGGAAACGUUUUUGUUCAUUUUUAGCUUAUUUUUAUUUAAUGCAUAAUAUUUAAGGGGGAAUUUUAAAUGUACAUUGUGGAAAAAUAUUACAAUUCUGUUCAGUUUUUAUUAAACAAUAAUUUAAAAUAUAGUUUUCCAUUAGAAAGAUGUCUGCUUUAGAAAGUUUCUUAUUAGGAAGAUAUCUUCUUUACACAGCUUUCUAUUACAAAAUUGAGUUCUGUAGACAAUUUUCUUUUGAAAGGUGUAGUUAUUGAAAUAAUUUAAAUUAUUUAUUUUAUUGUUUUUGCUUAAUUUUACAAAUGUAUUAAUUCUUAAAGAUGCUAAUUUUGAAACCGCUUGGUGUUUUUUCUAUUGACAUCAAACUCAUCUUGUUUUGUGUUCGGAAUACAGUAGCAAUUACUAACAAAAUUAACUGUUUAGAGUUUCACAUUUUGAAAAUGUUGCCCUCUCCAAUCUCAAAACAGACUGAAGAGUUUUAUUGUUGUUUUUGAAAAGUUCUCAAACCUCCAAAGCCCAAAUACUGAAGUAUUAAACGGCGUAGUUCACUGCGUGCAAACAUUCAAGUAUAGUCGAAAGGACUCCGUUUUGAUAGAAGACUAAACUAUAAUUUUCUGAAGGGUUAAAAAUUUGUACUCAUUUUUCCCUCACCUCAGAUGUUCGAUACAUGUUAGUCUAAAUUAAAGCCUUACGCCAUAUCGAGACGUUAUAACAGCUCGAAGACACUAACGAUCAUAAAAUUUUAUUCACUUUUAUUGCCAAUGGAAGUGAAAUUUUUGUUUCCUUGAAAUUUUCAUUCCACUUGAAUUGCUAUCGUGAACUUUCCGCGGACAUUUUAAUUCACAAUAGUUGAUUUUGUUUGCAACAGCUGUUUAUUGUUUACAAAAUGUCAUAAAAAAUUUCACAACAGGAGUAAUUUGUUGACGUCAAAAAAGUUAGUUAACAAGAAAAGUGACAAGGGAGAUAUUUCAAGUGAAAUUUUGAUUGGCGAUUGCGAUGAUUAUUUCAUCUGAAAGUCUUGAUAAUUGGCUUCAAUCAGAGGAUUUAACCUCUUUUAUAUCGUGUUUCUUCUUUGAGAUAUCUUAAGCUAAAGCUUGUAACAGUUAUAAAGCCAAUGAAUCGAUUAUGUAUGCCAACCGUACUUCAGUUCCGUUAUCAGGUUACAAAAUAAUACAAUGUUUUCAGUCUGAAAAUGGCUCCAGUCAAGCAAAAGCUCAUUGAACGAGCAUUAUUAAUGAAUAAAAUAUUCAUUAUUUAUAAAGUUUCCAAAUUAAAGUUAAAAAACAUCUGCAAUUUCAUUUUGGCCUCUGGCUAUGAAAAUUGAUGUAGAAGAUAAACUCGUUGUUCAGUUUCAGCGCAGUUCAAACGUUUUGAAAAUUUUACAAAAUUUUAAUAUCUGGUUACGACCCAUAUUAUACCUCGAAAACUGAUGUAGAAGACAAACUCGUGGGUCAGUUUCCGCGCAGUUCAAUCGUUUAGAAAAUUUUUGAAAAUAGCAUUAAUAAUUCAAAGUUUACUAUUGUGAAUGAACAAUAAUUUAAUUUUCACCAUUAUUCCCGAUUGUUAGUUAGUGAAUGAAAUGUCACGUAUAUGUAAUAUAUUUUUCCUAAAGAUUUGACAUCAGUUGUUCGAGAUAUAGCAUUCUUAAGUGGGAAAACCUUCAAUUAUAUGACAGAUUCCAAUUUAGAGAAAAUAUUUGUUGAGAAUGUGGCUAGAAAAGCUCCUUCUCAAAACAGUAUUGAAAUAUAGUACAUUUGUAUUGAAAUGCAUAAAGGAGACUUUAAUACAUGUAAUGUCAAAUGUUUCCUUUAUGUAAUUUGCCAUAUUUCUUUUGUUGUUGUAACACAAUGUAAUUUUAAAAAUGAAAUUGUAUAUUAAAGUUUCUACAACAUAUUUAGUUUUGAAUUUCAGACAUUGUAUUCAAAAAUUUUAGCGAAAACUUACAAAAACAUAGAAUUAUGCAUGAUCUACGUGAUUUUUUUAAAUUAUUUUUUCAUAAUGAUUAAAAUAUAACCCAAAUAUUAUGUAUGUAUGUAUAAAAAACCUAUUUCUUAGCUAAAGUGAAACAUUUAGGCAUGUCACAGAUUUGAUAUAAACUAAGAAUAAAUAAAAAUUUUAAUAAAAUUGGAAAUAAAUAACAAAU